AUGACACGCUAUAAGUGGACGCUUACGCGUGUGCACAUACGUACGCAAGUAGCUGAAAUUUUACCCACCAGUGUGACUGAAGCCUUUAUUGUCCCGGAGAAGACAGAGUGGGCUACCACAAAGGACGCCCUGAUCGAGGGUUUCGACGCCCCGGCCGACCGCCAGGAGGCGUUGCGGAGCUUCAGGAUGGCACAGCUCGGAAUUGGCGUGGGCUCCUUAUGGCAUGCUAUAGACUUGCGCACUUUGUUAGAUCGAGCGCUGCCAACUUUGAACGAGGCCGCCCACUCGGAAUUAUUGCUGGAGCGUUUCGUGGAGAGGCCAGAAAUAUCGAAACGCGCAACAUGGCACACACACAUGGAGUCAUGGAAAUCCGUAUGGAGGCAGCUUUAUUUGAAUGUCGCUGGUGUCUUGAAGGAACGAUAG